UGGUUAUCCCGGGCUAAGACGCUCUUUACUAGCCUGCUGUUUUAACCUUAGCCUGCUCGUGACAGCUGCAGACGGUUUACACAUGUUAGUUCACUCCUACUCCACUGCGGACCGGCAUGACGGUGUCUCGAGCCACAGCUCGCGCCUGUCCCAGCUGGGCUCAGUGUCGCACGCGGGACCCUACUCCAGCGCGCCGCCGCUGUCUCACGCGCCCACCUCGGACUUCCAGCCUCCGUACUUCCCGCCGCCGUACCAGCCGCUCGCGCACUACCAGAGCCAGGACCCGUACUCCCACGUGAGCGACCCGUACUCCCUCAACUCCCUACACCAGAGCCAGCAGGGCGCGUGGGGGGCUCGGCAGCGGCAGGAUGUGACCGGAGAUCGAAUGGAGAGCUCCGGUCUGCUGGCUCAGCCCCGGGCGUCGCUGCCGCAGCUGUCCGGGCUGGACCCACGGCGGGACUACGGAGGCGUGAGGCGGCCUGAUGUGCUGCUGCACUCCGCUCACCCGGGACUGGAGCCCGGGAUGGGGGACGGACUACUGCACGGGCUGCACGGGAUGGAGGAUGUACAGACACUUGAAGACACCAAUGGAACGAACAUCCUGGACCAGUCAGUCAUAAAGAAAGGGCCUCUUACAGUGCCCAUGCCACCCAAGAACAUGGGCUCCCUGAUGCUCGGGAAGGACGGCCUGAUCGGUGGAGUCACCGUGAACAUUAACGAGGUGUUCUGCUCGGUACCUGGCCGCCUGUCCCUGCUCAGCUCCACCUCCAAGUACAAAGUGACCGUAGGGGAGGUGCAGAGGAGACUGUCCCCGCCCGAGUGCCUCAACGCCUCCCUGUUGGGGGGCGUGUUGAGAAGAGCAAAGUCUAAAAACGGAGGAAAAUGUCUGCGAGAAAAGCUGGAGAAAAUUGGGCUGAAUUUACCUGCUGGAAGACGCAAGGCUGCCAACGUCACGUUACUCACGUCAUUAGUAGAAGGUGAAGCGGUCCACUUGGCCCGGGAUUUCGGUUACAUCUGCGAGACGGAGUUCCCCACCAAAGCCGUGAGCGAGUACCUGAACCGGCAGCACGCGGACCCCAACGAGCUGCACACGCGGAAAAACAUGCUGCUGGCGACAAAACAGCUGUGUAAGGAGUUCACAGACCUGCUGGCCCAGGACCGGACUCCCCUGGGCAACUCCCGGCCGAGCCCCAUCCUGGAGCCUGGCAUCCAGAGCUGCCUGUCCCACUUCUCCUUCAUCACGCACGGCUUCGGCUCACCCGCCAUCUGCGCCGCGCUCACCACCCUCCAGAACUACCUCACCGAGGCUCUCAAAGGACUCGACAAGAUGUUUCUCAACAACCCGACCAACAACAGGCACGGCGACGGCGGCAACAAGACCGGUGACAAAGAGGAGAAGCAGAGGAAAUGAGGCAGGGGGGAUGAAGAGGCGUUACAGCGUUACUUCUAGCUUUACACCACUGCCACUGACCUGCCACACACAGGGUGGAGGAGGAGGAAGACACCCGUGGGCCAGUGUCAGAGAGCACAGAGGGAUUUUUCAUCUGUGUUACGUUCUUUUCAUUCCCCAGAGGACAUGGUGGUUACUGUGUUACAUCCAUUUCGCUCCCCCUGCCUGCAUCCUGUGAGACUGAGACUCUGUGAGCAGCCGACAAAUGACUUUGUGUAUGUGUGUGCCUGAGUGAGUGUGCGCUUGUGCUUGUGCCCACUAUAAACUGUGUAAAAAGAUGGACAGCACCAUAAAAAGUGAAGCCAAAGUAUCUCGAGUGAUCCCUGGCUGCAGUAUGGGUCAUAAUGUCUGCCUCCUCCAUGUAAGCAGAUGGAACAUGGUCCAAAAAUUUACAACCCAAAUAGAUGAGGACAGUUAAUGGGGAUACACUGAAUAUCUGGGUUGAUACUCAGUAUUUGGCUAAUUAUCUGUGUUAUAUUUUAUUUUAAUUGACAUUUA